GUCGUCGUGUGCGUGGGCCGGCCGUGUACUACUGUACUCAUUUUUGCCGGAUGAACUCGCUCACACCAACUCACAACUCUCACCCAGUAAUGCCUUCCGUGGAUUACCGAGCAUAAUCUCUGCUUAAUCACAGUCCAUUGUUUUUGUUAAACCCCUUCAUUCCCUCAUUGAUUCAUUAGCACACUUGGAUCGAAGACUUCGAAUGUUUGUCCCGACUUUAGAUGCAACCCCUAGCAUAAGGACGCGGGAAUCACAAAACUCACGAGCUGAGAUGUUUGGGGGAAUGAGGACUUUUCACUUCCUUCUCUCUCGUGAAUCUGCGAACACCAACCAUCAUUGGAAGCAGCGACAAGUUGCCGUGGUUUUGACCACCAGAAUCAUGAGAGAAUGUACGGAGCUCCGAGUGCGAUGCAUCCGGGCCUUCCUUCUUCUUACAUGCGAGUCCUCCCUGGAGAGGACAGCUCUUCUUUCUCGACGACGGAUUGAUUGGGCUCUUAAUCCGCCCAACCUUAACCCGUCCACAUCAAAGCUAAUGUUGCAGUACGGUGCGCCAACUGAGUCAGUCAAGGUCAAUUUCUACCGCGAGCGUUGCUCGGAUCACGGGGGUUGAAGUUGAAGCUCUUAACUCCCACAUGCGGAGAUGUGUGCUCAUUGCCGAACGCGAGCAGAAGUCCGCUUGCAAGCGCUUGUCGGCGGUGGCAACCAUUAAGGUCCUGCUGCAUGAUCCUCUCUCUCUCCUCGCUUCAUAGUACCGGUACUGGAAUCGGGUCAAAGCUGUGCAUGAACUUGAGCUUUGACUAAACCUUGGGAUUCACAACCCCGGGUUCAUCUUGUGCCGAGUGAAUGAAUGGAUGCAAGGCUCACCGUUACGCAAUAAAAAGCAGCCAUGGCAAACGUGAAUGCUGAUCGCCAUGUAGUCUGGGACUGGACUGCACUGCACUGGGACUGCGACUGUAGAAAGACAAGUGAAGAAAGACCCACUGACACUCUGCAUAGACCGGUGCCGUUCUGUCUGCUCGUCGAUUCAAUGAGCAAGCUCGACAACUUCUGCAGCACCCAUGGGUGCUGCAGAAGUUUGAUGCUGCUGCUGCUGGUGGAAAAUUCCACAUGUCGUUAUGGACACAAGUGGAUAUGCCACAUUUUCCUUGGCCAUGUGUAAGCUAGUCUUGAGGAUAAUAUGAAUUCCGAGCUGUCCGAGUUACCUUCGUGCAGUAGAGGACAACAUCUGGGAACUCGAAUGGGUUCUGAGAUUGUGUGGUUAACUAAGAAUCACCGUUACCGCUCGAAGCAUGUGGAGUUAGAAAGCAAUGAUCACCGUUACAAAACUCUGCAUCCGUAGGCAGGCAACGUGCAAUGGUGUGAACGAUGCUGCGGUGUCAGUCAUAAGUGUCUUCCAAGGUACUUCAUCAGAUUGAGCAAGCAAAGACUAGGACAGGACUCGGGUCCGACCGAAGACCGACUGUCACCAUGACGGACGAGCUCCAAGACUUCCAGUUUGCCUUCUUCGCUUAAAUGCUCGGGACUGUACGACGAGCACUGUGUAGAUGCUUCGACAGACUCGGCAAGCAAGACUGUCAAGCACAUGAGCUCAGAUUUGAUCCGUUUGGGGUUCGGCAUUAGUAUAUUUUCUUCGAGUCGUACGACCUUUACCGUGUUCAUACGGCCAUGCACCAUCUCCGAGCACCGGAAGUGCGAGCGAGUUCAAUGAUCGUCGUUGUUUGGUGGAGUAUGUAUGGGGUUGAAGGAUAGCGCAGAUCUGUGCCUCACAGAUUAUGUGCAUGCCCCAUGUUCUUCUCACAGCAACCUUUCUUUGACUGUAACCGCACCUCCUACACGGGAGAGCCCAAAGAAGUUUGACUGGCAUGCAAUUUCCUCCGUGUGCUAACAGGGUGCGACAAUGCUCCGGCAGAUCUUUUGAGCUAGUCAACAAGCGUCACGCGCUUGGAUGGAUAACGUAUUAUUUUCCUCUCCAUGGCACAAGCUGGGCACAAGGCCUGGAUUGGUCCAAUGGCAGAUUGAUUGGGACUGGAUGCCCAGGAAUGGACUCCAGAGUAGACUAUCUUGGAGUUCAGAGUCACGCUUCACUCAACCAUGGCACACAGUGGAAAACUAUAUUCAAAUGCGUCUUCCUUCCAGGAUGAAGCAAUGUCCAGAGGUCGUGGAAAAUUCUCAUUCCUGUCGUUUUUGAGGCCAUUUUACCCAUCAUGCUGCUGCAUGUUCUAUGCAAGGAGCAGAUGGGAUGCAAAGUGGAAAGUUCUACACAUUCUUUUUAGUCCUAGUGUGCAGCACUUUUCCGAUUCAAUGGUGUUUCCACUCUUUGAAAAUCCUGAUGGAUAACGUUACAGUUUUCUUACUUCUUUGAGCCUUCUGCAAGGUGCAUCAUUCCUGGUGAUUGCAACCAUGUCGUUGCUUGCAUCUUUUCUCACUGAGCAUGUUCGUAAAACUUUCAUGUCCAGGACCUCCCUCCUUGGCCAGAUUCUCCCAAUGAUUCGUCACAUUCCCUUGCCAUUCACUUUUGGCCUCGCCGGUAUCACACGAGAUGGAUAAGGGUACAGGAUUCCUUCUUUUCUUGACAUCCAACAUUGUGCACGAUUCAUGACACGGCCAGUUGACGAGAGAAAGAUUUCGGUGGACUCAUCCCUGUACAAAAAGCACCACAGGGCCAAAGAUGUGGUUGAAAUUUUCUGUCUGGAGAAACUCAUGAACCUGGACCUCGAACGUCAUGCUAGUCUUCUUCUGACUCCGAUGGACACCAAACUUGGUGGUGCGUCCAUUUCGGCAUAGGCUAUCGUAACAUGGAAAUGAGCUCUGCCCUGCAUGCUUACGGAAACCCUGAGGCUGGCUGGCCCAUCGAUCGUGGAGACGUACCCGUACUUGUUAGUCUUUGACAUGUCUCGCAGCCUCUGAUGUAUCCUACCCCGGAUCCUCAAAUGAAAUGACAGUAUUCCUGCAUGCACAUUUCGCUCAAGGGGCUGCAUCAUUCCUGCUGAUGACGGAAACACAUGGAACUCAUUGAUUGCUUCCAUUUGCCUUGAGGCGGGA